AUGGCCAGGAAGGUGGGUUUUGAUGGCAAGGAUGCUCCCACAGAUGGGAACAACAAGCUGGCGCUUCCACAGAAAACCGGAGGGGAAGCAUCUCCACGAAAAUCGAUAGGGCAAGGUGCUCCCUCUCCAAGGAAAUCCCUCAACCCAGGCGUCAGUGCAUCUCCCAGGAAAUCCUUGAUACCAGGGCAGGCUGCCAACAAAGAAGGAAAUGAGAAAAAAACCCAAAACAAGGGCACCUUGAUCCAGCAGGCGGCUGCCUCUGUGAAUGCGGACUCCAUCUUUGGUGCCCUCAGGCGAGGUCAAGCUGUGAACGUUGGCUUUGGGUCCAUCAUGAUUGAGCAGGAUCUGAUGGAGGUACCCAUGUUCAAAGCUUGCAGCGCUAGCUUUGUGAGUGCCUUGGCGCAGGACGCCUCCGAAACGACCAAGGCUUUCUCUGAAGGGCAAAUCAUCCAGGAGGCUGGGGCGCCCGGAAAAAGCAUGGUGCUGCUGACGCGCGGAGCUGCGCAAGUCAUGAAGAAGGGCGAGGUUCUGAUGAACCUAAAGCAGGGCGACCACUAUGGCGAAACGAUGCUUCUGGGGUUGGAGCAAGUCUGGCGGGUGUCUUUGGUUUCUUUGUCUUCCAGCAUGAUCAUCGAGAUUCGACGAGAUUCUUUUCGGAGAAUUUUGGAGGAUUUUCCAGUAGAGAUCAAGCAGUUCGAGAGCUUUUUUGACGUCACCCUGGACCAGUUGUUUUCAGGGACCAGGACCAAUACCUGCGACAUCUUCACCGGGCUGUCCAUGAAGACGUUAGAAGUGUUCGAUGAGCACAUUCUCAGGAGAGUAUUCUUCCCUGGGGAGACGGUGUUGCAAGAGGGGGAUGACAGCAAAGAACUGGUGCUGUUACAAGACGGCAUGGCCGUAUUGGAAAUCGCUGGGCGCAACGUUCGAACCGAGACAAGGGGGAUGAAGGAGAGGAGAGAAGGGAGGUCACACGCAGAGGAAGAUAAGGAGGAAGAGGAGGAUUCCCAAGAUCGCCCUGCUUGCUUCGGUGAGCUGGAAUUCCUGGGUUUGAGUUCUGUUCGCAAGACAGAGGUCAAGGCACUGACUCCCUGCGUUUGCAGGGUGCUUCACCGCGAGAUGGUCCCUUUCAUUGCACAGGAGAAAGCCAUAAGAGCUGAGUUGGAGGGUAGCCUCCUGAUGCAGAUGUUCCAUCAGAACGUGCGAAGCACUCACCAUGCGCAAUCCAGUGUGCUGGGCGAUUUUGUGGCUGCAAAAUGCAGUGAGGAGUUCUUGAUGUUUCUGGCUGGACAUUUGGAAGCCAGGCUACACCCAAAGGGAAAGAAGAUGUGUGAUUUGAAUCGCGAUUCGGGAUCCAAAUCCCUACAGAUGGUGAUGACUGGCUCAGUGACGGUCAAAGGGGUCCAGGGCAAGGAGACAAUGGCCGCGGCCGAUGGCUGGGAGCUCCCAUCCCUGGGAGUUGGUGGUGUUUUUGGUCGGAUGACUGCUCUCGGCGUGCGCCCACGACCGCACGAUGCUAUUUCCUUCAUUGCAGCAGAGCACUGCUGCGUUGAGGUUUUGCACCAGGAUGUAGUUGUGAGGGGCUUGGAGAUCUACCAAGAUCAGCGCUCGAAGAUUCUGAUGCUGGAGCAAGACAAGAACAAAGGAAAUCAGGUGGACUUCGUGGAGAUCGUGGCGAACUCGCGCAUCUUUUCCAACAUGUCCCAUGAAUUUGUCCGAGAGCUAUCACUUUCGGCUGUGGACCGGAUCUUUAUGCCAGGAGAUGCCAUCAUGCACCAAGGGGCCGUGGAGUUCUCCAUGUUCAUCAUGAUUUCAGGCACGGCUGAUGUCUAUGUCACUGACGCCAAGAAUGAAGAUCCGGCACUGGUAAAAGAACGACUCACAAAGCCGGUCAAGGGCAUGAGUCGAGUAAGCCAUCUCUCAGCUGGAGCCAUUUGUGGUGAGUUGGCGAUGCUUGGAAUCACUCCCACACGCUCAGCCACGAUCCUGGCUGCCAGCUUGUGUAUCUUGUGGGAGGUCACGCAGGACAAGGCCAUGGCCAUUUUGGACCGCUAUCCACAGGAGCGGGAGCUCUUUGGUGCCGUUAUCAUUCGAAAUCUGGACAGCAGUGUUCCAGCCAGGCUGCUUCAGCUUCCGUUGUUCAAGUCCUUUGAUCGAAAAUUUCGCAUGCUGCUGACGUUGUAUUGUGAAAGGCACGCGUUCUUCCCGGAUCAGCACAUUAUCCGAGAGGGCGAGGUUGGCGACAAAUGUUGGAUCUUCAACCUGGGACCUGCUGUGCUGCAAAAGCGAGGCUAUGCCGUCAAAACGUUCUCACCGGGAUCCCAGUUUGGCUGUGACCACAUGCUUGGGAUCAACAGGACCUACUGUGGAUCUGUGUUAGCCAUGUCCGUUUGCCAUAUGCUGGCGGUCUCGCGCAGCUCGUAUUUGCUGGCCCUGGAACAGUAUCCAUCGCAGAAAGCCAACCAGCAACUGCUGCGCCAGCAGCGGCAGGAGGCCAAAGACCUGCGACAAGCGAUCCAGAGGAUCACCAUCCGCAAAGGAAUCUGGCAACGAUACCAAGGCGAGGUUGCCCCCAACAAGAGCAACAACGUCUUCUUUCUGUCGGAGCAUGACUUGCUACAGCGCUUCGUGAAAGCCUGGCACGAGACCGCCAAGGGCCUCCACAUGGGUCGCUUAGAACGUGUCCGGAGGCGCCAAGAGGUCGAGGAAAUGAUUGAGAACUGGAGACUCAAAAACGAAGCAAACUUCAAGAAAGCUGAACACAAGAGACGCGAGAAGGAGAUUCUCCACAGGAACGUCACCGAACGGGGGCCUCUGGAAUACUUGGAUCCUAAACCUCCAUCAUUACCUUCACUGCCACGGCUGCCCAAGAAGCAGACCCAGGAGUUGGUUUCGAUACUGAAGGCCUGGCCAUCACCUCGACCAUCGCCCCACUACAACUUGAAAGUUUGGUCACUCAUGGGCCAGGAGCUCACGCAGCCCGUGGGCGAUGGCGGUUCCCGGUUGCUGCCCAUGCUGGAGGGAGUGAAGAGACGAGGUCCACCAGUAAAGGCUGGGCAAACUGAUGCUGAGUCCAGUGGAAGCGAUUCAGAAGGUGAUGGGGCUGAGGGCACUGCCACGAGCUUUUCGCCGUUGGCCAGCUCGAGUCGCGAGAACAAGGCCAAACGCCUCAACGAAUUGAUGGCAGCCACUCAAGCCUCUCGGGCGUCUUUUUUGGGUUAG